AUGGACUACGUGAAGAUUUUCAACAGAGAAAACCCGAAUAAACAAGAAUCCUGGUUUUAUCCGCUACGUAUACACUAUGGAUGGUAUGGCGUCAAAAAGAUCAUCAAGACUGCGAUGAACAACCCGAACACAGUGAAAAUUGGUAAACAGGUGGAAAUUGCAAUGCUGAAGCAAUGGCUGGAAGCUAAUCACAAUCCUAGUGAGGUCUUUAAAUUCUUAAAACUCGGUAAAGCGGGCAAAGAGAUUAUGUCCAGUCGGAAAUUCAGUUUAUGGACCAAGUGUUUGAAUGACUACAACCGCAAGUUUCCUGACCAGAAAGAGAAGAUGAUUGAUAUCCUCUCGUCUAAGUACUUCGACGUUAAUCUCCUGGCGAUUAUUAAUGCGGCAAAGAAAGACCAAAUCACGAAGAUGCUAGCCACGGAACUGGAAGACGCGCUGGUUAUGAAAUGGGUUGCAAAGAACGAGAAUCCUGCCCAACUUUUAGAGAAACUCCGUGGUAUUGAAAAUGCCGAUGAACUGGUAAAGCGAUACACCGAUCUUGCGCGAAGUAAAAGAAUGUGA